AUGGAUCUUCUGGACAAAGAUGGUGACUGCAUACACUUCAUCAUUGAUGCCAGUGGCAAGCUGAAAGAGUACGUCAAUGGCAAGCUGGAAAUCGAGGAUGUGCGAUGGCUCGAGUACAGCGCCGGCUCUGGAAGCAUUUCCGACGCCAAGGGCGUGUUCCAACUCCAGGAGCAAGACCAGGUGGAAAAGGCACUGGGCCUCCAUGCCCUGGCGAGUCGAGCGGGCAUCGACUGGCGUGGCGAUGCGCCUCCACCCCCCCGAAGCCUGCUGAUCACCGACACGGAUGGAGACAGGUUGGAGUUUGUCUUCAACGAGGACGGCAAGCUCCAGGAGUUCAACAACGGGGAGGUGGAUCUUGAGGAGGUCACCACCAUGUGCUUCAAGUUCGCUGAUGGAUCCGUCACUGACGACACAGGAGUCUUCACCCUGCCACCCAGAGAAUGUAUGCAGAAAGUCGCUGCGCUGUACGCGCUGGCGCUUCAGGCGGGCAUCCGAUGGACCGGCGACCAUCCGUUGCAGGCGAUGCCUCUCUGUGUCUCCGUGCAGCCGGUCGGCAGCGAGCCGAAGGUUCUUGACAUCGAGAACUGCGCAGGGGACUGGGAGUACGAAUGUCCCAAGCUUUGGGAAAGCUUGACCCCGACGGAUGUGCCGAAUCAGCGCUUCUGCAGCGUCUGCAAGGAGAACGUCUACUUCUGUGAGUCCAUCGAGGAGAUCAACGCGCACAGCAUGCAGCGGCGUUGCGUGGCCUUCCUGGCGCGUGAAGCCGGCGUUGGCGCGGCAUCUGCCACCACGAAAGACAGCCGUGGCCUCUCCUUGCACAUUGCCUUGCUGUCCGGGGAAGAGCUUCCCCAACUGAGCCUCCCAGCAGAAGCCAGCGUCCACGACGUCAAGAAGGUGGGACAACUCGUUUUAGGGUUUAGGGUUAGGGUUGAGGGCUUAGGGUUUGGGGUUUUAGGGUUUAGGGUUUAG